AACUGGACCCCUGCUGUUGUUUCAAUCUUAUCUACACAAACAACAGGUCAGCGCUAAUAUAAGACAGCCACGAUUAAGGCUGUACCGUUAUCUCUCGUUAAUUACGAGAGUUGAUAGUUAUAAACAUUGAAAAUGGCGCCGAACAAGUAAAUAUGACUCCUCGUAAAAUUGGAAAGAAUAUAUGUACUGUAUGCAAGAUUGUUGAUUUACCAAAUGGAUCGACUUGGAGACACCUUAAUUCUGAUGCUGGUCUUAAGAAAAAUUUGUCAACAUUGCUUCUGAAAUACGGCGAAAUAGAUGUUUUAGAAGGUGUCGUUUGUAGAAACUGUGAAAGAAAACUACUGAGUAUAGACAAACAAGUUUCAGAAUUUCGUUCAAAAUGUAAUGAAAAGUUAGAUUUAGUAGGUGGUAAACGUUGCAUGUCAGAACAUUUAUCUAAGGCAACAAAAAGACGGAGUGAGUCGAUAGAAGAAAGAGCUAAAACUGAACUUUUCCCAAAUACUCCAGAUAGUGGAACAUGCAGCAUCAUUACAGAGGAUAAAGAAAAUGACAGUUCUGUGCUGAAUGUGAUACCAACAACUCCGAGGCUGAGUUUUUCUAAUUCUUCAGAUUCUGGAUACAUUACAUUAUUAACACCUAUUCUUCCAAAACCAAGUUUCCAGAGUUAUAGUACAACCCCUGGCACCAUAGCAGACAUCAACAAAAGUACAGUGCAAAGUAAAUGUAUAACGUCAACUCCAAAACCAGAAAACAGAGGUUCAGAAUUAAAAUUAAGCAAAAAACAUGAGUUGCCACUUCAAGAGCACAACUAUGCAAGCAGUGCUUCAGAGAAAUUCAACAGAAAGAAAGCAUGUUCCAGAAAGAAAAAAAACCCUUCUGAAUCAUCAUUGAAAACAACAGAAAAUAACGAUUUACACAAGAAAUUAUUUGAACAACCAGAAAUUUGUGACAUUUUGUCUUCUGAGGAAUUCUCAACUGUUAUUUCUGUUUUGCCAACAAGAUCACGGAAAACUUUGGUUAACACCAUAUUACAAUUUGCUGAAAUUAAAACUCUUGUGAAAGAAGAACUGUUUUCGGAGUUAUCAAAAGAACACAAAAUUUUGAAAAACAGAAAGCAUGGAAAAAUAAGCACAUUAAUGACAAAGGAUUUUGAAGACUUAAAACAGUUUACUUGGGACAGUAUUGUAAAUGAGGCAGUGACAGAAUUCCCUCUUCUUGUUGAUGUUUUGCUGGCAUUUUUAGUCCCUGACAGUUUGGAACAAAAGACUAAAGUAGAACGAGUUGCAUCUUUAACUCCAAGAAUUGGAUUUUUGUAUUCCGUUCUUGCACAGGGCAGAAAUCAUGAACUGAGUAAGGUGCAGAGAGUUAUAAGCAUCAACCUGUUUGACAACCUGUGUGAUCAAAAGGUAAUUUAUUUGCUAUAUAUAGCUUGUUGAUUUUAAUUGAAUGGUUAAAAAAAAAUGUUUGUUUAACAACUCAGUGACUUACAUGUACCAAAUUCAUGUAUAUAUAUGCACAAAUGACAUGUUCAAGUACAUUGUACAUGUACAUACAAUGUACAUUAACAUGCA